CAAUGCGAACUUCAUAGGCCUCUUCUUUAAUAUGGCCGCCGGUGACACAGCUCUGUGGCUUCAUAACAAAUUAGGUUCUACCGAUGAUCUGUGGUCUGGUAAAACGAUAUGUGCUCAACUGUCACAAGACAAGUUGCAAAGUAUCCGAGGAUGUUUUCACACGCUUCAACCUCACGUGAAAGUCAAACUUAUGAUGUCAUUUCUUCAUAUUCCAAGAAGAAAUGUAGACUCGUGGAAGGGCUACCUAGAGGAGAUUCUGAUGAUGGCGAUCCAUGACACAGACCAGUGGGUGUCUAUGGUGGGUGAGAUCCUACGUACCUACCCUGCCACGGGCGGUCUAAAUCUUGAACUAGAAGACAACAAUGGCACCUUUGCUGAAGUGCUAGCUGAUCUUAAGAAACUAGUCCGCAAGUCUAUGGACGUGAAGAUGUUGCCAAUGGAAUGUCAAUUCCUGAACAAGACAGCUCUCCUGGCAACCACUGGACAGCAACCACUUCCAACCAAGCACUUUGCAUUGAAGCGCAAACCCAAGUCUGCCACACUUAGGGCGGAACUGUUACAGAAAUCAUCAGAGGCAGCCCUGAACAAGAAACGAAAUGGCUCUGAGAGUCUGCCUAUCAAAGUGAGGAGUUUUGCCAAGAAAAUGGAGGAUGACUCUAGCCCAAUAACGGGCAUGCCUGGAAAAAACAGUGGCUCUGGUGGGUUCCUGAGCCCGAACCCUGUGGGGCGUCGCACCAGUCUGCUGGGCUCUACAAGCACCUCUAUCGGGGGCACACCCAAUAGGAUGAACCAACUGAAAAAGGAGGGAGGCAUUAAGUUACUGGAAAUGGAUGAGGUACCUCUUGGAGCAAAAGAAGCAAAACGGAGAAAGAAAGCUGCUGAUGCAGAGGCUAUGGAGCAGAUGAAGAAGGAUCGAGAGGCCGCCAAGGCCCUGGCCCAGUCUGCAGCCCCCAGCCCCGCCCCUUACACCCCGGACUAUGCUGCCGGUCUUAUAUCACCUGCCACACCAAUGGUUGUGUCUUUCAUUGGAGUAUCCACAGCCCCCACUAUAUCCAUGUCACAGACAGUGACCUAUGUACCAGCAUCAACUGUAAGACUUCCACAACCCACUCCUGUACCAGUUACAUCCAGUAAUGCUUCCACAGGCCCUCUGCAGGCCAGAGACACCUUACAGCAACAACUACAGCAGCUUGGCCAAUCACAGAUCAGAACUCAAACGCUGCCUCCCAUUGGCCAGACCUUCCAGCAGGCACCUGUUAAUCAGGCCCCGCCCACUCCUCAGCCACUGCAACCAAUACAGCCGCAGACACAGAACAACAGUCAACCAGUCAUGGGUCAACCACAGCAACCUCAGCAGGCUAAAAAGGCUCUAUCUCUUACUAAAGACCAAAUGUUGGAGGCCCAAGAAAUGUUUAAAAAUUCCAACAAGGUCACGCGUCCAGAGAAGGCUCUUAUAUUGGGUUUUAUGGCUGGAUCAAGAGAGAAUCCCUGUCCUCAGCAAGGUCACGUGCUUAGCAUUCGCUUGAACGAGGCAAAGGAACUUGUGUCGCUUGGUGAACAGAUCCAAAAAUACAUGCUGGUAGACACUUUCUUCCAGAUGAACUAUCAAACGGGCGAAUGGAAACGUGUGAAAAAGUACCGCGAGAUCGAGGCGGGAUGAGAGUUUGUGGGAAUUAUUUUAUGGUUCAUAUUUUAUUUCGUGAAAUAAAGGUGAUUACUGUAAAGAGGGACAUACUCGAAAGCCCUGAGAGCAUGAAUGUGGAUACGAUGUAUUGCUCUAAGAAUAAAUGACUUUAUGAGGCGUGUUUGCCACUGUACAAAAGGUGUUAAUUGAAAAAUCAUGCAAUAGUGCAAAAGUUAUUGAUUGGAAAAUCAUGCAAUAGUUCCAAAGAUGUGGAUUGAAAAAUCAUGCAAUAGUAUAAACUGUGUUGAUUAAAAGGAAUGCAAAAGGACAAGUAGUGUUUAUUGAAAACCACCCAAAGACAAGCAGUUUGAGUGCAAAAAGAGCCCAGGUAUCCUACAUGCCAUUUAAUUUAAUCAUAGUUCAUUUAAGUUUUAAAUAUAUUAGUUAUGUAGUGGUAUUAUUUAAUUCACUUCAAAUAAGACAGGUUUUUAACUCCUAAUUAGACGUGUGUAUGGUUUAUGUUGGAUGCAUAUAUGUAAUAGUCAAAUAUCUAAAGUUAAAGAAUAUCGCUUCUUUCCCUAUUAAGGUGGCUAAACUUUCAGCACAAAAUGUCUGUAUAGAAGCAUUUUUGUGCACAGGAUCAACUGUAUUUUUCCCAUUCGUUCAGUGUUUCAUUCAUACGUUUGUAUUCUAUUUGGUUAUCAUCAUACUUUAUGUAUCACACAUUUUACAAUUAUUUUCGUCCAAUGGAGUGUUAUGUACGGCUGAACUUUGUUGUAUUGAAGUCCAGAGCUCAAAAACGAUUUCAAAACUUUGACAUAAAAAAAUACCUUUUAGAAGUAUUUGGACUAAAUGUUCACUUGAUCACAUUAUUGCUAUAAUAUUGUAAACAUUUACUGAGUUAUACUUCAUCAACCGGUGAAACACUGUGUGUGCGUGAGUCUGUCAGUCUGACACACUUUUCUGGAUCCUGCGAUAACUUAAAAAGUUUUUCAUAUUUUUUCAUGAAACUUACAACAUGGACAGAUGACAAUAUGGAGAUUAUGCGUGGCAUUUCAUUUUGUUCCUACUUCAAGAAUUCUGGUUGCUAUGGCAAUAAAUAGACUAGAAAUAUGGCUGAAAAUGAAUAUAUAUAUAUAUACAAUACUUAUAGGUAUGCAGAUGUUAUGUUAUGAAUUCAAUAGAAUAACUGCAAGGCUACCACAUAAUUAGAAAAUAAAUCAGGAAUAAACGAAUGUUGACUCAGAUUUCAAGAUAAUGAGGUUCAGCUUAGUUGGAAGACAUGUUUUUGAAAUGCUCAUUUAAAUGUCCUAGUAGACAAACGCAAAUUAUUCUGAUGAUCAGGAAUUAAUUUACGAGCCAGAGUGACUUGAUACAAAAAAGUGGAACAACCAACUGUUGGUUAUUACGGCAAAACCAAUAUUUAGUUUCAUUUUUCCAUAAAUGUUCAUCCAAAUAGUCUGUAUACUUUUAAAAAUAUUUUGAUCCUGACCUGUCCAUUGUAAUUCUAAAAUACAGUGAAAAUAAUACGCUAACAAAUACAUAAUGAAUGCUAAAUUUACAAAAAGUAAACCUUUUUUUGUGAACUUACUUGUUAACAAAUUAAUAUUAAUGUUACUCCGAACAAGGCAAAAAUAAUGUCAAAAGUUUGAUAGAUAUUAAGCAAAUAUAUUAAGAAAAUAUAUUUGGUUUACAGGCUCUACCCAUGGUUUUGUUGCAGAAUAAAUCGCACUUCUUUUCCCUAUUUUUUAUAGAGAACAGGUCAUGGAAUGUGGCAGAAAGCGUUAUUUGUUCAAGAAAUUUAUAUUAAUCCAUCAUGUGAAAAUCUAAUAAACCAUACCGUAAGGCAGGUGAAGAUUGCAAUCCGGUAACUGAGGAAUGCAUGUCAUUAAUCAUUUGGCCUCGUAUUUGUAACUAAUUUUUGAAACUGGCAAUGAAUUCAUGUUGUCAUAGUUUUUUCACAAAGUAAACAUAUGAUAUUAACAAAGUUUAUGGCAAAUGAAUGCAGCUAUUAUUUGUUUUGAAAAAAAAAAUCGUUUAUGAUCUGAUCCAUUGUUAUGUGUUGUAUUUAUAAUUGCUUUAUCUUCAAAAUUUUGUUUAAUGAAACAGUAUUUUGUGAAAUGCAGAAUAAAGUAUUUCGGUAGCA